AAAUAAAAUCCCACAGAAAAAGAAAAAGCACAGAACCCAAAAGAGAAAAAGAGUUUGAUCGGCCCUUUUCUCUCUCUCACUCUCACACUGCACGACACCAAAAAAGAGUGCACGACGCACACGACUGUUCGUCAUGACGGCCUCCGUCCAGAACCGCCAGUUCACCCGUCUCGACGCCCCCAUAAACGGCGUCGUCCGCUCCUUCAACUUCUCGGAUCUCACUCGCCCGAAAACUACGGCAAACUUCGUCGAACACGAUGACGCUUCUUACUUUUCUUCUUCCGACGACGACGACCAAAAUGACAACCCCGGCGCUGAGUACUUGGAUUUAAUCCGCAAGGGCAACAGCGAACUAGAGCCGUCGAUCUUGGACCCCAGAGAUGAGGCCACGUCGGACAGCUGGGUGCCCCGAAACCCAUCCAUGGUCCGCCUCACCGGAAAACACCCCUUCAACUGCGAAGCCCCGUUGGCCCAACUCAUGCACCACGGCUUCAUCACACCGGUGCCGCUCCACUACGUCCGCAACCACGGCGCGGUCCCCAAGGGCACGUGGCAGGACUGGACCGUGGAGGUCACCGGCCUGGUCCGCCGCCCCGCCCGGUUCACCAUGGAGCAGCUCGUCCGCGAGUUCAAGUCACGUGAGUUUCCCGUGACCCUGGUCUGCGCGGGAAACCGCCGGAAGGAGCAGAACAUGGUGAAGCAGACCAUCGGCUUCAACUGGGGCCCCGCCGGUAUCUCCAACUCGGUGUGGCGCGGUGUGCCGCUUUGCGACGUGCUCAAGCGGUGCGGGAUCUACGGGCGCAAGAACGGGGCCCUCAACGUGUGCUUCGAGGGAGCCGAGGACCUGCCAGGUGGCGGUGGCAGCAAGUACGGCACGAGCGUGAAGAAAGAGGUGGCGAUGGACCCGUCGAGGGAUAUAAUUCUGGCGUACAUGCAGAACGGCGAUCUGCUGAUGCCGGAUCACGGGUUUCCGGUUCGGAUCAUCAUACCCGGAUUCAUCGGCGGCCGGAUGGUGAAAUGGCUGAAACGCAUCGUCGUAACGACGCGGGAAUCGGAUAAUUAUUAUCAUUAUAAGGACAACAGGGUGCUGCCGUCGCAUGUCAAUGCGGAGCUUGCUAACGCUGAAGCGUGGUGGUACAAGCCGGAGUAUAUAAUUAACGAGCUGAAUAUAAACUCGGUCAUAACGACGCCGUCUCAUGAGGAGAUUUUGCCGAUAAACUCGUGGACCAGUCAGAGGCCGUAUACCAUGAAAGGCUACGCAUACUCAGGGGGCGGGAAGAAAGUGACACGAGUAGAGGUGACAAUGGACGGAGGGGACACGUGGCAGGUGUGCACACUAGACCACCAGGAAAAACCAAACAAGUAUGGAAGGUACUGGUGCUGGUGCUUUUGGUCACUGGAGGUGGAGGUCCUCAGCCUGCUUGUAGCCAAAGAGAUUGCAGUGAGGGCUUGGGACGAGACCCAAAACACCCAGCCUGAGAAACUCAUUUGGAAUGUCAUGGGAAUGAUGAACAAUUGUUGGUUUCGAGUAAGAAGCAAUGUGUGUAAGCGACACAAAGGAGAGAUAGGGAUCGUGUUCGAGCACCCAACUCAACCCGGAAACCAAUCGGGCGGUUGGAUGGCCAAAGAAAAACACUUGGAUUCUGAAUCCAACACAACCCUCAAGAAGAGUGUGUCCACACCUUUCAUGAACACCACUUCAUCCAAAACCUACUCACUGUCCGAAGUAGAGAAGCAUAACUCUCCUCAGUCCGCCUGGAUCAUCAUUCACGGCCACAUCUAUGACUGCACUCGCUUCCUCAAUGACCAUCCUGGUGGCGCUGACAGCAUCCUCAUCAACGCCGGCACAGAUUGUACCGAAGAGUUUGAUGCCAUCCACUCGGACAAGGCCAAGAAAAUGCUUGAGGACUAUAUAGUAGGCGAGUUAACCACAAAUUACGCUUCCGACUCCACAUCCAAUUCCCCUAACAUAUAUGUGCAUGGGCCACAUAGAACAUCAUCAGAAGAUUCUAUUUCAUUUCUCGUAACCCCAUUAGCCCCGAUCAAAGAAAUCAUCCCAUUAGCACCGAUCAAAGAAAUCACCCCAUUAGCCGGGAUCAAAGAACCAUUAGCCCCGAUCAAAGAAAUCACCCCAUUAACCCCAAUCAAAGAAAUCACGCUGGUUAGAAGCGUCGCGCUUACUCCACGCGCGAAGAUCCCAUGCAAGCUCGUGGCCAAGACAUCCAUUUCUCAUGACGCGAGGCUCUUCAGGUUUGCGUUGCCUUCAGAAGACCAAGUUUUGGGAUUGCCGGUAGGCAAGCACAUUUUUGUGUGCGCCACAAUUGAGGGCAAGCUUUGCAUGCGGGCUUACACACCAAGUAGCUCAAUUGAUGAAGUUGGCUACUUUGAUUUGGUGGUCAAGAUUUACUUCAAAAAUGUGCACCCUAAAUUCCCCAAUGGGGGGCUCAUGUCACAGCACUUGGACUCUCUGCCAAUAGGUGCAGCAAUAGACAUAAAGGGUCCAUUAGGGCACAUAGAGUACACUGGCAGUGGUCACUUUUUGGUCAACGGCAAGCCCAAGUUUGCAAAGAAGCUUGCCAUGCUGGCAGGUGGGACCGGGAUCACGCCCAUUUACCAAGUGGCUCAAGCCAUAUUGAAGGACCCAGAAGACGAGACUGAAAUGUAUGUGGUGUAUGCGAACCGCACAGAAGAGGACAUUUUGCUGAGGGAAGAGCUUGAUGCUUGGGCUAAGAAGUAUGAGAGGUUCAAGGUUUGGUAUGUGGUGGAGAAUGGCAGGGAAGGGUGGGAAUACAGUGUGGGCUUCAUCACCGAUACUAUAAUGAGGGAGCAUCUUCCAGAUGGAUCGGACGGUUCUCUUGCAUUGGCAUGUGGGCCCCCACCGAUGAUCAAGUUUGCUGUGCAGCCCAAUUUGUUGAAGAUGAACUAUGAUACCACAGAUUCGUUGCUGGUGUUUUGAAGUGUAUUUGUAGUGGUUGAACUUUAUAUGUGUACAUAUUUAUAUCAGUGUCCUUCCUCAAUUAUGUGUAUCUGUUCAAAUUUUUGUAUUAUUUUCCUUCCACUUUUCCCACUUGGAAAAAAAGUCAAAUGAAUUUCUCGUGUUGAGAAAUAUGUCAA